UCACGUUUUCAGCGCGCGUUUGACACUCGACCCCUCCGCGAAACGAGGGAAGCAGGUGGGUUGGGAGGAAGGGGAGCGGCUGUUCGCUAAACCAAACCUGGUACCGCCGCUAACUAACGUGAUCAGGAGACCRCUGUUGCUGAGCGCWCCUCUGGAAGCAGCAAGGUGGCGGUUUUGGGGCGGCAAGCGAGCUCCAUCGUUGAAAUAAAACUGCGAGGGCGGUGGUUAUGAGGGUGGAGUAGUGAGGGUGUGGCAGCGGAUCGUCGGCAGAUAAGCGCGAGGCCGGGUAAAGAUGUUGGAGACGGACGCCGACCCGGCGGGUGGCGAGGUCGAGGAGGACGUAGAAGCAGACAUGGGCAGCAGAGACUUGAAGGCCGAGGUGAUGCGGCUCACGCUGGAGCUCCAAGAGGCGACGGAGGAAAAGCUGCAGGCCGCUCGGUACGGCCUGGUGGUGUUGGAAGAGAGCGCCGCCCUCAAGAUGAAACACACGCAGCUGGAAGAGGAACACGAAUCCCUGAAGCUGGAGCUGCAGCAGCUCAGAGAGGCUUUUGCAGAUUCUGUGAGCAGCCAGAAGCGUGCAGCUGCUGAUGGAGAGUGUCGGGAAGAGAGUCUGCUGCAGGAGACGGCCUCCAAAGAGGCUGCCAUGGCAACCCGGAUGGAGGAAGUUCAGGCUGAGCUCAAACAGACCCGUCUUACUCUGGGCAACGCCCACGCCGAGCUCGACAGGCUGGGGGGGCUCUCCACCCAGCUUAAGAAGGAAUGUGAAUGUCUGGAAGCGGAGAAGAACCAUUUGAGGGAUGAAAUGAAGGAAUAUAAAGUAYGCGAGCUGCGUCAGCUACAGGACAACGGCGAGCUGGAGGAGGAAAAUAUCUCCUUACAGAAACAAGUGUCUGUGCUAAAGGAAAACCAGGCAGAAAGGGAGAAAUCCAGCCUGGGUAGCAAAGUGGAGGAACUGCAGAUGCAGCUGAUGAUGUCCAAACAGGCUCUAAGUCAGCAGGAGGACAAGGUUGGCACUCUCACUCAGCAGCUGGAAGCAGCGCAAAGUCGUCCGCAUCCAAACCUGGAGGCAGAGGAGAGGAAGAAGGUGGAAACUGGAGAGGACGGCAGUGAAGGCUUCGACUACGAGGUGGACACUAAGAGCAAAGAGGUGCUGGAAGCACGGAUGCGCGCRGCCAGCGAAGAACUCCUGAAGCUGCGAGACGAACUCUCWCAGGCGGGCGCGCGGUACAACACCCUUGAGCAGAGAUACAAGCAGGAGAAGGAGCGAUGGCGGGGCGAGGCCCAGGAGCUGGCCGACAAGAUCCGGCAGUGCAUCAAGUCCAGCAAGCAGGAUCAGGAGCGCAUCGGCGAGCUGGAGAAGGAGAUCGGAGCCACGCGGAAAGUGGCAACCGACUCUGAAGGGCAUCUGAGCGUCGCUCAGGAGGAGCUGUUGGCUUUCUCCGAGGAGCUGUCCAACCUYUACCACCACAUCUGUGUGUGCAACAACAUCACGCCCAAACGGGUCACUCUGGACUACUACCGGGACAGCGCUAGGGGUGGUGGCGGAGGAGGAGUGCGAAGGUCACACCACRUCUUCGCCCAACACAACGCUCAGAAGAAGCCUCGGGCAAACGACAUGUUCAUYUCCAAAGCUGCGGCGCUGCAGUUYAUGGGCGAGGUGGACAGCGCGGGAUCCAGCGCAGACUCGCUGACCUGUCCCGGAUCCCCCACUCUGGAUUUCAGGGACCCRUCCAAUGUGUCCAACCUGGUUGCUGUCAUCCGUUGCCAGAUCAAGCACCUCAGGGUGGCUGUGGAUCUCUGCCGUCAGAGGGGAGCGAUGCCGUACUCUGGGCUCAGCAGCAGCGAGGAGUCGGAGCGGGACACCGAAAGCCUUUUGGAGGAAGUCCUAAAACUCAAAUCCCUUCUCAGCACGAAGAGAGAGCAGAUUGCAACCCUGCGGACUGUCCUGAAGGCAAACAAGCAGACGGCGGAGUUGGCCUUGUCUAAUCUGAAAACCAAGUAUGAGACGGAGAAGAGCAUGGUGUCGGAGACCAUGAUGAAACUGAGGAAUGAGCUCAAAGCCCUGAAGGAGGACGCUGCCACCUUCUCGUCUCUCAGAGUCAUGUUUGCCAGCCGGUGCGAUCAGUAYGUCACCCAGCUGGACGAGAUGCAGAGGCAGCUUGCCGCUGCUGAGGACGAGAAGAAGACUCUUAACUCGCUCCUGCGCAUGGCCAUCCAGCAGAAACUGGCCCUCACUCAGCGUCUGGAGGACCUGGAGGCUCCUCAGGCCCCCCGCAGCCUGAACAGCAGCCCCCGGCGCUCCCGGGCCAAAGAGCUGGCCGCCAAGUCGGGCCGGGCCUCCCGCAGCCCCCGCAGCAGCCCCGGCAGGCCCCAGCUGAGGAGCAGUCCGCGGGCCAGCCCCGUCCUCGGCAGCAGCGUCCCCGCCUCGGCCACCCACCACUUGCGAGCUCUAACCCGAAGUCUCCACACAAGCCCUCGCUGAAACACUCCCACCAUCACUCCAAAACCCCUCUGCUCCAUAAGGACCAGUCUUCAUCUUGUGACUUCCCCUCCACCCGGCUAAUUCCUCCAUCCUCCCUGCUUGACCUGAGACAUCCUGUCCAUCCCAGAUAUGACGCAGCAUUAAUCCGUCUCSACCAUGGAGUGAAAAAAAAAUCUGAAAAGAUAAAAAAAAAGACAGAAAAUCUUCCAUCCCAGCCUCUUGGUGUGGAGAAACCUGCAUGCAUCCCGGAGGAGGAUGAAGAGCCUAACCUGCCGCUCGUUUCUCUCUCUCUUCUCUCAUUGACUGUGUCUGUUUCGUCUUUUUCAACGCGGUAUAUUGUGGUGAACCAUCGACAGUAUUUAUUCUAUAAACAGAACCUUUCUUGUACAGUA